UUACAGCAAACGAUGCCUACAUGCGCACAGAAACCAGCAAAUCAUGAAAAUCUACAGAUAUUUGGUAUUGCUUGCGGCAGCUUCGUUUUUACUACUCUUGUACUACAUUUACCGGGUUGGCGAAAGGUACAAUUUUGGCGAAGAGGAUUUAGUUGAUCAGAUUACAAAUGGUGUAACGAAUGGCGCCAGUGCAAGGUUUGUAACAUUUAAAAUUUCCAGAAAAUUCACAACAAAUUUUUCCAAUAGCACAGAGAUAUCUGUCGUGGUGGUGGCAUGUAACGAACGGCACAACGAAGCACUCAACAUGAUUAAAUCAGCAAUUAUAUUCAACCGAAACCUAUCACCAUUGCGAUUUAUUAUAAUCUCAGAGGAAAAAUUGAAAAUUAAUUUCAUGGAGAAGCUGAAUGACUGGCAGGAGAUCACCAACAGUGUAUUUACGUACGAGAUACAUUCGUUGACUUUUCCUCGAAACAACCAAGACGAAUGGAGGAAAUUGUUUAAGCCAUGUGCUGCACAACGGCUGUUUUUACCGUCCCUACUUCAUCAUCUCGACUCGGUCCUGUAUGUUGAUUCCGACACUGUAUUUCUAUCUCCUGUACAAGAAAUAUGGGCAAUGUUUCAAAACUUCAACACAUCACAGUUUGCCGGAAUGGCACCUGAGCACGAGGACACGAACGCAGGAUGGUAUAACCGUUUUGCGCGCCACCCGUAUUAUGGGGAGCUGGGAGUUAACUCUGGCGUUAUGCUAAUGAAUCUUACUCGAAUGAGGGAAUUUCAUUGGGAAGAACACAUACUGCCAAUUUAUCGGGAGUACCGUUUGCAGUUGGUUUGGGGUGAUCAGGAUAUACUAAACGUACUGUUUCACUACAAUCCGGAUCGGUUAUUUGUGUUUCCUUGCUAUUGGAAUUAUCGCGCAGAUCAUUGUAUGUACAUGAGCGUUUGCGAAGCUCCUGAUGGAGUAAAGAUUAUUCAUGGUAACAGGGGGUACUUUCAUUCCCAAGCGCAGCCUAUUUUUAACCUCAUUUACACGGCUAUUGAAGAGUACACGUUUCGAACAGAUGUCCAUAGCAAUUUUAUACGCAAUAUCGAAGAAUCCCUGGUGCUACCAAGCAACUCGAACUGUGAUAAACUAUUGGACAAAUUCUUACAAGAUCCUCGAAAAUACUUCAAAGAAAGCCAGUAUGAAGUGAUGCCCUAGCUGGUAGCAAUUUAAUUCUACCGGUGGUGCUGUUUCAACUUUUAAAAUUAUGCUAGUAACGUACAUUCCACGACAUUUCUACUAGGAGAUUUACUUCACAUACUCGCCUAGAGGAUUUCAUUUCAUAUAGUUCGAAUCAUUGUAAUGUAAAGAAAAAUGUGUAUCUAUU